AUGAGUGCGAUUCACAUAUCGGACAGCGAUCGCCAGCUCAUCGACGACCUGAGGUCUAAAAUUAAGUAUGAACUCGAAUUAGUGCCGUCGUAUUCAGACGAUUUGUCACUGCUUCGAUGGCUCGUUGGUUGGGAUCGAAAAGUAGACAUUGUUGUGCCGAAAAUUCGAUUUUCACUUCGUGCAAUUCAUGCGCUUGGAUUACACAAGGAGGAUAUGUCUACACUGGAGAAGGUUACUGCCAAGUGCGACGAAUGCAGCAAACCGCUUCAGUACUUACCCGGAUCGCUUUUGGGCUACGACAAAGAGGGAAAUGUGAUCUCAUUACAAAUGAUCGGUAGGCUGGAUGCAGCCGGACUCAUGCCAUGCACUCGAAAUUCUGAUCUAUAUCGUAUGCGAAUUGCUGAAAGCGAAGGUGUGAUGCAAAUUAUAAGGGCACUUGAGAAGGAGCAUGGACGACAGUUUGGGACAUCUGUGAUUUUUGAUCUGGAUGGACUCAGUUUUGCCCAGUUGGACAUGCAAGCGAUGAAAGUCGUCACUACAAUGUUAGCACAAUUACAAGAGAUGUUUCCUGACGUUAUACGCAAGAUAUUUGUUAUUAACGUUCCUUCUUUCAUCCAAGUUCUUUGGGGAAUGGUGUCUCCAUGCUUGGCAAAACAAACUCAACAGAAAAUCAGGAUACUGGGAGACGACUGGAAAGAUGUUCUGCGGGAAGCGAUUGGGGAGGAUGUUUUGUAUGAGAAUUGGGGUGGGACUCGCAAAGCAGACACUCCUUACGGUCACGUGCGGACUGGUGGAAAAGUUCCAUUAGAACUACGGUACAAUCCAUCGAACGACCUACCGGCAGACCGACUUCAGAAAUUAGUCGUAUCUGCGAAGUCGGUGAACUUCGUCCCGAUAGUUGUAGAAGAUCACCAAGCUGGACGAAAGAUAAGCUGGUGGUGGCGGCUUGAAUCCAACGACAUAGGUUUUGUUGUGUAUCGCGCAGCUCCUGGCAAGGAACAAAUUGCCGAAGAUGUUGACGAUUUCAUGGCACAUCCGAAAUUUAAACUGCAAACGGAUUUCGUUCCUGAAGAUGGAGAAAUACUUGCCGAAGAGCCUGGCGUGUACAAGUUCGUCUUCGACAACACCCACAGCAGACUCCGCUCGAAAACCAUUAGAUAUUGCAUAAAAGUGAAAUAUUGA